AUGGCUUCAAACUCGAUCAACAUAUGCGGUCCGCUUGCUAGACCUGCAAGGCUGAGAAGAUAUUCUCCAAGUUUGAUGCCACCUUUUUCUAUCAAUGUCCGGCAAUACGAAGCAAGCAAAGGUCAUUCUUGCAGCAGUGCGGUUAUGUGCUCAACCGUGCAAGAGUCCUCAACUGUCACUGUUCCUGAUAAGAAGGCAGCCGAACCUUCUCCGGCGGAAGCUACCACUGCUCAAGUGAAACCCAAGAAACCUCCGGUGAAAGCUCUACCAGAGAUGAUGGCCGAGGAUGUGAUCCCUUCACUUAAAGCCAUUCUAGAAGCUCAAGAAGACCUUUCUCAGAUUGAGAUCACAUUCGAAAACAACAAGUUGGAAGGCAGCUUCUUGAAGAAUGAUAUUCCUUAUAACUUCUGGGCUUUCUUUCCAAAUGGAGUCCUCACUGGGCCUAAAGGUUUUGCUCUGAGUUCUUAUGGGAGUGAAGCCAGUACAAUUGAGCCUUUCUUGAUUGAUGAAAGGAGAAUUACUGCUGGACAUGUAGUUUUUUGGGUUAAAAAGAGAUUGGCAGCUCAAGGUAUAUUACCUGUAUGGGAAGAAAUGAGCAAAAGUUAA